AUCAUGACUCUUCCCCCACCCCGCGACGGCGGCUGGCGUCCUGGAGACGGACGGAGGCCGGGAAGGAGCAACGCGCGCUGGGGAGAUGCUGAGCCCCGAGCGCCUGUCCCUGCCGGGGCCCGAGUACUUGGCUCAGAGACAUGUCCUCACGUAUAUGGAGGAUGCAGUGAGCCAGCUGCUGGAGAACAGAGAAGAUAUUAGUCAGUAUGGCAUUGCCAGAUUCUUCACUGAAUAUUUUAACAGUGUGCGUCAAGGAACUCACAUUUUGUUCCGAGAGUUCAGCUUCAUCCAAGCCACGCCCCACAACAGGGCAUCCUUCCUACGGACCUUCUGGAGAUGCUUCCGAGCAGUGGGUAAAAAUGGAGAUUUGCUGACAGCGAAGGAGUACCACUGUCUGCUGCAGCUGCUCUGCCCUGACUUCCCAAUGGAACUUACUCAGAAGGCAGCAAGGAUUGUGCUCAUGGAUGACGCCAUGGACUGUUUGAUGUCUUUUUCUGAUUUCCUCUUUGCCUUCCAGAUACAAUUUUACUACUCAGAGUUCCUAGAUAGUGUUGCUGCCAUUUAUCAAGAUCUGUUGACUGGUAAGAAUCCGAACACUGUGAUUGUGCCAACAUCAUCCUCUGGGCAGCACCGUUCACGCCUGGCUCCGAGUGAGUGCAGCCCACUUGAUGGGGUGGAGGCAUCUCUGUUCUACCACUGCCUAGAGUCCCUGUGUGAUAGGUCAAAAUACAGCUGUCCCCCAUCUGCCCUUGUCAAAGAGGUGCUGAGCAGUGUACAGAGACUGACCUUCUAUGGAUUCCUUAUGGCUCUUGCAAAGCAUCAUGGGAUCAACAGAGCCCUAGGGGCUCUGCCAGAUAAAGGAGACCUGCUUCUCGACCCUCCCAUGGAUCAGGAAUUGGAGAAACUACUAUCUCAGGUUUCAGGGCUAUCCAUCUCCACUCCAGCCGGCUCCAGUGGGGAUAUUGCCAACCUACCUACCCGCCGCUCCCCCUGGAAACCUCUCCACCACCGCCAGAAAGUGAAUAUAGAGAGCGAUGGCUCCACCGACGAGACAGAAUCCUCUGAGAACUAAUCCUCCUCCUGGCUCCCCCUAGACUGAUGGGGAUGUGGGGGAACAGCACCUCAUUCCAGAUGCUGAAAAGUGAUGGGCAUUGCUUCUGAAGAUGGGGCCCACCCAUUCUGCACCUGCAUCUAGGUACAGGUACAUCCACACCAUUACCAGGACCACCAAUCCCAUCCCAGUCAAAACAAAACCAUUCUCCUAUCUCCUAAUUAGCUGAGGCAGCUCUCAUCCAGGGGCCACUUCCAGUUUUAGAGUUAUGCUGCCCUCUGCUGGCAAAUCAGACAAACCAGUGGAAGAAUGCUCCUGGAAGACCUCUCCACUCAAUCUUCCUCUACUCAAAGAGUGGUAGGAAAUUCUCCUACUGUUGAUCUCACUCUGGUGCAGUUGGACAGGUGCUAGCAACAGUGGGUGUUUUGUUGUGUAACUCCUCAGACCUGGUGUAGACAAUCUGGUGAUUAGAAGCUGGUCUACACUAGUGCUUUUACUAUAAUUACUCCUGGCAGAGCUGCACCUGUGCUAGAACAGUGAGAGAAGUUCCUAAAAUUAGAAAAGACCUAGCUGUUGUCCUCUUCACACCAUCUGUGUUUUCUCCUCAGAGGAGUGUCCAAGAGAUGCCAAAGUAAAAGGACACAAAGUUUCAGUUAACAAGUACUACACCAUUGUAGUACUCAUGUUGUAGUUGGUAAUAUAGAUGUAUGGCUCAUCUGUUGUAUUAGUUUAUCCUCUCGAAGGACUCUCUCUAGAUUCUGUCUCCCUGGGACCACCCUCUCUAUAAUUACAUCAUCUAAGGAGAAGAACACAGCAUAUAAAUUCCCUGGCCACAGACCUUGUGGUCCACAAACAUAGUGUCCUAGCUGCUGUGUUAGAUAGGAUGGAGUGUUGGGGGUAGGGGGAAAGCAAGGGUGAGAGUUAUCUUCACUAAAUCUCAGUUACCGGUAGUGAGAGUGCAGGCAUUAAUAUAGCAGCAGUGGCGUCAACAUCACUUGAAUUCUGCCCCUACAGGAAAUAAUCCCCCUCCCGUAUGCAUUAUUACUGGAUAAUCAGACUAUUAUGGAACUGUAGCAGUUUGGUCUCCACUGCCCUGGAGGCCUAAAUGGGGGGAGCAGAGUUUGGCGUUUCAUAGUUUGCCUUGGUCUGCCCCACAGGCCAGUUGUCUCCCCGGGGUUUCACUCUCCUGAUUCUCAGGGAGUCUUUCCCCCUCCCCUAGGUUUGUGAGGUGCAGAACACCUGGAGCAGUUCAUCUGAGGUUUGGAGCUAAAUUGGGCAAUGCUACGCAGCCAAGAGUUAGGCUCCACUUAAUGGAACCAGAAUGGACUUGGCCCUACAGCAAUCUGUUAUAAAAAUAAGCUUGCUCAAAUCCUCCCCUGCCUGUGCCCCUGCACCUGCCCCAGCUGAGAAGAGCUGGUAGGUAGGGUAUUUAUGUAUUGUAAUUUAUUUUAUUUAAACUGCUGUAACAGUCCUGUCUGUCUUUGAGUAACUACACCAUCCAGGGAAUAAAGCACUUAGUGCAAGGUGAAUACUAA